AUGCAGAGGGACGAGGCCAAGAUGUCGCGCUCUCUACCUGGCGGCUGGUUGGAGAGUGGACAUGGAGCUGUGGUGCUAUUUGUCAAAGAUUUUCGAGACCCGCUCGAGCGCCGCAAAAAGCUCGUCCUGCGUCCAUGGGCAAGCAUUAAGGACAUCAAGGACCAGUUGCACGUCGUGUUUAACGUGCCGUCCAACGCGCAAAAGCUUUUCUAUCAGGGACGAGAGUUAAAAAACGGGCACAAUCUACAGCAGUGUGGCAUUUACCAGGAUAAUGCUGUGGUUGACUUUGUAGCAAGAAGGCCGCAAAACCUCAUGAUGGCGUACACACGAGAGUACGACGAGGACCACGACAGCAAUGCAAGCAGUGACAGGAAUAGCGGUGAAGAUAGUGGUGUGAAAAGGUCAGCAGCAUGCCGAUUGAAUGGCAACACUCUGCCGAAUUUGCGACCGGAACAGAGGCCUGUCGUGAAUAUCCACCCGUAUGGUGCACAUUUGCUGCCAGUAACUCUCAUGAAGGUUAUGCACCAGGCACUACAAGGUCUUGCUUUGGGUCUUGCUCCGGUGCUGGCAAUGGAUGGUACCGGUGGUACAUAUUUCUUCAAGGAUCCAUCUCACCGCAAUGUGGGUUGCUUUAAGCCCCAAGACGAGGAGCCAUUUGGGCCUAAUAAUCCACGCGGAUUGGUGGGUCAGUUGGGUCAAAGCGGCCUUCGUCGAGGAAUUCUUUCUGGAGAAGCUUGCGAACGUGAGCUUGCCGCGUAUUUACUGGACAAGGAUCACUUUGCUGGAGUCCCAGCUACGUCUCUAGUGGAGUCGCGUCAUCCUGUAUUUAACUACACGGGUAGUAAAGGUGCCUUACAUUUUAAAAUAGGGUCGCUGCAGGAAUUUGUACGACAUGAUGACGUGGUGAGCGAUCUAGCACCAAACCAAUUUUCGACCCAUCAAGUUCAUAAGAUUGUGCUCUUAGACAUGCGGCUUUUAAACACGGACCGCAAUGAUGCGAAUAUUCUCGUGCGCAAGCGGAGGUCACCUACCACAGGCCACGCAGAAUAUGAAUUGAUACCUAUUGACCACGGUUACUGCCUUCCUCAGUUCUUGGAGAUCGGCUGGUGCGAUUGGUGCUGGUACAACUGGCCGCAGCUUCGGCAGCCACUAAGCGCAGAGGACCGAUCGUAUGUGUUAUCAUUAUCAGCUCAGGAGGACGCAAAUCGAUUAGCGAAAAGAAUCCCGUUGCGGCGCGCGUGUCGACGCAAUUUGAACAUCGCUAGUAUGGUGUUGCAGAAGGGAGUACGUGCAGACCUAGUUUUGUUCGAGAUCGCUCGGAUCAUGUGUCGUGAAGACCUGGACUCCCCUUCUACAUUAGAGCAGUUGUGCAUCGAUGCGUUUCAUCAGCUACGAGCUGUCAAGCAGCGCACGCAAAAUGUAGCGCUAUCUUACCACGGCCACAUGCAUCCAACUAUCAAACCGACACCGACUAAGGCAAGCGAAUUAGCUGUUGCAGAAGGAGGGCAUGGAAACAUUUCGAUCGAUGAAUUGUCUUCUCCUCGAGCAGCAUACCGGAAAUUGCGGGUGUCAAUUGAUCCUCCAUUCCUCCGAGAACCGUUUUCCUUGGGGCGUUCUCCUGUUGCUAGUGGUACACAAUCUCCACCCGGAUUCUGGGCAAGUUAUGCUCCAUUUAGCUCGGACGAAGAAGAAGACGACAAUACUUGCAACUGCCCGAAGCAUUCUCUGUCUAGCAGUGAAGACAGGCAUAACGGAUGGAAGGAUCCGCGGAUUUCGCUUACGUGGGACGAUAUGGCAUCGCAUGCUCUUUCAGAUGCUGUCCAGUGCGUGGAGGUUAAUACCGCAUCAGUUGCAAUGCCCGUAAGUGCUCCAUCCAAUGACCACAAGGGCACGAUGGAGCAUAGUGCUGCUCGAUCUCCUAUGUUGUCUUUCAUUGGUGCCGAAAACGACAAGGACGAGUUUGACGUCCUGAAUGAUGCACUGGACGAUGACAUGCAAGAUGAAAACCUUUUCCUUAGCAUCUUAAGCCGACUAGUCGACGAGAAUAUUGAGGCGGCUCAAAGACGGCAAUCAAAAGAACAGAAACGGGAGCGUGCAGAAUGUAGAUUGCAGCGCUGUGGGUAG